UUCAAACUGAAAGGUCCCAAACUGAAAGGUGAUGUGGAUGUGUCAGUGCCAAAGAUAGAGGGAGACAUAAAAGCACCUGAUGUUGACAUCAAAGGUCCACAGAUUGACAUCGAAGGUCCAAAAGGUGGAUUUGAAUUGCCAAAAUUCAAAAUGCCAUCACUGAACAUUAAAGGUCCAAAAGUGGAGGGUCCAGAUAUUGAUGUAGACCUUCCCAAAGGCAAGAUUGAUGUAGACAUAAAUACUCCCAAGGUCGAUAUAGAAGGACCAGAAGUUGACAUGGAGGGCCACAAAGGAGGAAUCAAAAUGCCUAAAUUCAAAGUGCCUUCCUUUGGAUUCAGUGGUCCAAAACUGGAGGGUCCAGAAGUUGAUGUCAGCCUCCCGAAAGCUGAUAUUGAUAUUAAAGCCCCUGAAUUGGAUAUCCAAGGACCUGAUGUUGACAUAGAGAGUCCAAGUGGUAAAUUCAAAGGACCCAAAUUCAGCAUGCCAAGCAUUUCAGGACCAAAACUUUCCAUGCCAGACGUGGAUUUCAAUCUGAGCGGUCCUAGACUGAAAGGUGAUGUGGAUGUGUCAGUGCCAAAGAUAGAGGGAGAAAUAAAGGCACCUGAUGUCGACAUCAAAGGUCCACAGGUUGACAUUGAAGGACCAAAAGGAGGAUUUGAAUUGCCAAAAUUCAAAAUGCCAUCAUUGAACAUUAAAAGUCCAAAAGUGGAGGGUCCAGAUAUUGAUGUAGACCUUCCCAAAGGCAAGAUUGAUGUAGACAUAAAAACCCCCAAGGUCGAUAUAGAAGGACCAGAAGUUGACAUGGAGGGCCACAAAGGAGGAAUCAAAAUGCCUAAAUUCAAAAUUCCUUCCUUUGGAUUUAAAGGUCCAAAACUGGAGGGUCCAGAACUUGAUGUCAGCCUCCCAAAAGCUGAUAUUGAUAUUAAAGCCCCUGAAUUGGAUAUCCAAGGACCGGAUGUUGACAUUGAGAGUCCAAGUGGCAAAUUAAAAGGACCCAAAUUCAGCAUGCCAAGCAUUUCAGGACCAAAACUUUCCAUGCCAGAUGUGGAUUUCAAACUGAAAGGUCCCAAAUUGAAAGGUGAUGUGGAUGUGUCAGUACCCAAGAUAGAGGGAGACAUAAAAGCACCUGAUGUCGACAUCAAAGGUCCACAGGUUGACAUCGAAGGUCCAAAAGGUGGAUUUGAAUUGCCAAAAUUCAAAAUGCCAUCACUGAACAUUAAAGGUCCAAAAGUGGAGGGUCCAGAUAUUGAUGUAGACCUUCCCAAAGGCAAGAUUGAUGUAGACAUAAAAACUCCCAAGGUCGAUAUAGAAGGACCAGAAGUUGACAUGGAGGGCCAC